CGCGGAGCCACCGAGCGGAGCCGAGCGCGGGUGCCCUGAAAGCAGCUGGAAGUGAUCUCCCACACGGAUCAGAAGGAGGAACUGUGGUUCUCCCACCUCCGCGCCUGCAGAGGGAUGUCCGAGAGCAGCACUUGUGCAGCUGAAGAUGGGAUUGUGAGCAAAAAAGAGAAGAAUCCCCACCAAGGCAUCCCUGGGCCAGCAGAGCUGGAGGUUUCUCUCUCAGGUCUCUCCCAGGAGAACAAUUCCCAGAGCCCUGCACAGGACCCAGUCGUCCCACAGAGGUCAGGAAGGGUUCAGAGGCCUCUGAAGAAGAGGCAAAGCCGAGUGAUGCUGCGUGGGGAAAGUUUCAGGAAGCUGCCAGAUGUUAUGCAGCAGAGAAAUUCCUCUGUGGGGAGGCUGAUGAUAUGUGGGGACUGCGGGAAGAGCUACCGUGUGAGUUCCAACCUCAUCCGGCACCGGAGGAUCCACACUGGAGAGAAACCCUUCCCGUGCACCGAGUGUGGGGAGCGUUUCCAACAGCGCUCCCGUCUGAUCCGGCACCAGAGGAUGCACUCGCGGGAGCGGCCCUACGAGUGCUCCGAGUGCGGCAAGAGCUUCAGCGUCAGCUCCAAGCUGCUCCGCCACCAGGUCACCCACCCCGGGGAGAGGUUCUGCGGGAACUCCCAGCUGGUGCAGCACCGGGGAGAGGCCCUACACGUGCGGCAGCUGCGGGGGGAGCUUCAGCGUCGGCUCGGCCCUGGCGCGGCACCGGCGCGUCCACAGCGGGGAGCGGCCCUACGGCUGUACCGACUGCGGCACGGGCUUCGCCGUGAGCUCCGCGCUCCUGCGGCACCGGCACCUCCUAGGCUCGGAUCCCCGCCGUCCCGGUGUCUCCGUUCUCUCCACUGACUGCCUGCUCACGGAGCAGGGAGGCUCUUUGUUUGAUGAGAACGAGUCCUAAAGGAGAGAGGUGCAAAUGGAGCGGGGACACGGCUGGGGCAGGUGGUUGUGUUCGGAGGGAAAGCUCUUGGGAGAGAAAGGACGUGCUUUGAAAAAGCUGGAAUGUGCUUCGUGUAUUUCAGAGGAAGGUAAAUGACUCUGUGCCCACGUGUGGACAAAUAAUAGACUGAAGCACAUGGACCACCUUAGAGCCUGCAACACUCGCUCAACAAAAGCUCCCGCUCUGUGUCCAGAGGCGCUGAGCUCCCUCACGCAGCCCAGGGGCUGGAGCCGCAGCCCACAGAAGCCCACGGCCUGGUGCCCUGGGCCCCGUGCGCUGGCUAUCGGUGUGUGCCCGCGGCCCUGCAGGGGCUGUGGGAUGGCAGCUGCGCUGGCUGCCGUUGCUGCAGCCGCCAAUAAAGCCGCCGGUACCGCAGCGCUGCCGCCAUGUUCCCUUCCCGGUCGCCCUUUCCGGUUGCUGAGGCGUGGCGUCGCUUGCGCAUGCGCGCAUUUGCUCUCCUGCCGCCCUCCAGGGGUGGGGCCUUGGGCGGGGCCGGCCAGACUGAUCCCAGCAGUGACCACAAUGCCAUCAGCCCAGGAGAGCCCAGAGGGGGGAGAGGAGGACAUUUUGCACUAUGAGGAAAUCGAAGAUGAUGCUGUCAGCCCCAUGGACCUCUCGGAGCUGCUGAAGGAGGGGACGAAGGAAUCGCACGACCGCGCCGAGAACACCCAGUUUGUCAAGGACUUCCUCAAGGGCCGCAUCAAGAAGGAGCUCUUCAAGCUGGCCACCGUGGCCCUUUACUUCACCUACUCUGCUCUGGAAGAGGAGAUGGAUCACAACAAGGACAACCCCCUCUUUGCUCCUCUCUAUUUCCCUGUGGAGCUCCACCGGAGAGAAGCUUUGGCCAAAGACCUCAAGUAUUUUUAUGGGGAAGACUGGAAAGAAAAGAUCCAGUGUUCAGAGGCAACUCAGCAAUAUGUGGACAGAAUCCAUCAUGUGGGACAACACGAGCCAGAGCUGCUGGUGGCUCACGCUUACACACGCUACAUGGGGGACCUCUCAGGUGGCCAGGUGCUGAAGAAGGUAGCCCAGAGGGCCCUGAAGUUGCCCAGUACUGAGGAAGGGAUCCAAUUCUACGUGUUUGACAACAUUUCCAACGCACAGCAGUUCAAGCAGCUUUACAGAGCAAGAAUGAAUGCUCUGGACUUGGACAAGAACACCAAGGAAAGGAUCGUGGAAGAGGCCAACAAAGCCUUCAGAUUUAACAUGCAGGUGUUUGAUGAGCUGGACAAGAUCGGCAGGUCGCUGGGAGAAGAAGCCCAAGAUGGAGGCGUUCCAGUCCACGAUGGAAAGGGAGACAUCCGCAAAUGCCCGUACUAUGCAGACAAACUGGGCACAGCAAGCCCCAGCUGCCCCUUCCACGCUGCUGUGGGCCUGGCCAGGCAGCCCCUGGUGCAGCUGGUGCUGGCAGCCUGCAUGGCCGUGGCAGCGGGAGCUGCAGCCUGGUACAUCCUGUGAUGGGCACUGUCAGGUGUGGCUGUCCUGGGGGCGAGGGCAGAGAUGUGCCCUGCCUGCUUUCUGACCCUUCCCUUGCUGCUGGUGAGUUGGCUGCAGAGUGGAGUAAGGAAAUAAACAGGAAUCCUGUGGGACUGUCCAAACCUCCUUGCACACUGCUGUAACACCUCUUUAGCUGAAUAUUGCACAGGACUGGUCAGUGCCAGGGGGUGAGGACUCCACUGCAGCACUGCCCUGCCCAGGCUGGGCUUUUUAAGGCUAGAGAUGUCCUGUCCUGUCCUGGCAAAGGCUUCACAUGCUUGGCUUUUCAUCUCCAUCCCUGAAGCAGUGUCUGGAGGGGGUUUCCUGCCCUGGGUUGCAUCUGCAGAAUGUGUCAUCAGCCUUUCAACAACGAGCACUUGCUUUCCUACCCUGAGAAGCUGAGGCUGUGCCAUGGGGCUGUUAGCUCAGAGGAGUGUCCUGUUUGGUGCAAUGUCUGAGGAACCAAGUCUGGUUCCUGUUAGAGGGAGCUCCCUGGGGAUGGGGGCAGGACCACGGUGGGGUAUGGAGGUGACAGAUCUGUGUUGUGCAACUUUGGGGUUGUUGAGGGUUGGUUGUUGGUUAUUUCUCCUGAAACCUUGACUGGAAUAAAAAGUUGUAAUGCUGUA